GGAUUAUAGAAUGACUCCUGUCUCUAUAAAUAAAUACAUAAGUAGAUAAAUAUAAGUAAUAAGCAUUCACUUCAACAAACAUAGAAAAUGAACAGGAAGAGCCAGGCAGUGGUGGCACAUGCCUUUAAUCCCAGCACUCAGAGGCACAGCCAGGAGAAUCUCUGUGAGUUCAAGGCCAGCCUGGUCUAUAGAGCAAGAUCCAGGACAGGAACCAAAACUACACGGAGAAACCCUGUCUCGAAAAAAAAAAGAAAACUAAAAUGAACUGACAGAAGCUACUUCAAAGUAAUUCGGAAGAAAUCACAGAGGUCCAAGUCGUUUCUUGGUAAGUCAAUAGUCCUGGCAAACAAAUCCAGGGAAGGUUUGUUUGCUGUUUAUAAUUUAUUUUUCUUAUUUUGUGUGUAUGAGCCUCUUGGCUGCCUGCAUGUCCAUGCACCAUGUGCAUGCAUGAUGUUCUUGGAGACCAGAAGAAGAGAUUUGGCACCACUGGACCUGGAGUUUCGGGUGGUUGUGGGUGCUGGCAACCAAAGGGGUCCUCCAGAAGAGCAGCCAGCCACUGAGCCGUCUCUCCAACCAGUUUCCUUCAUUUCCUUUGUCUGUCGUCAGACUAGCCUCAAAUGUGCAUUUUCUUACUUCCCGAGGAAUGGGAUCACAGGUGUGUACCACCACACCCAGAUGCCCUGGGAGUCUAUGAAUCUUCCAGCUGGACAAUGGCCUCUGCUCCUCUGCAUCCUUUGUCAUUGGACCUCAGAAACCAAACCGGAAGUGUCUGCGGGAGCCCGGAGCAGGUGUCAGAGCUCCCCUGUGCUCUCCCUGCUUGCUUUCCACAGCCAGACCGGUGCAGUCACCACCCUGUAAGACUCAGCCCAAAUGUGGCCCGCCUCCCGGUGGGGCUUUGUGGGUGUAAACAGCUAACCGCACAAGUCAGCGCCGGGCGAGCACUUGCAGACAGUGGGUAAAUCCGACGUUUGUGGAGAGUGGACUGGUGUGGUAAUGGACAGGUUAAGCCCAGCAGUGGAGAUGGAGACUUGCUGAGUGCUGGAGGAUUUCAGCCCACAGUACAGCUGGAGUAGAACACCUCAGGACAGGAGAAGCACACACAGGCACAAGGCUGUGUGUGUAAAAGGACUGAGGUGCGGACCAUGGCGGGAGGUCCCACGUGACAGUGGUGUGGAAAACUGUUGAGGAGUGGGGCUGGCAACUGUGGAAGGGUGUCAAGGAAAAACCACAGAAGGCUUUGAAGGGAACACGAAGGGACUACGUUUCGUAUGCUUUGGGGUGAUGGGGAGUACAAAAGCCAGAUUAUGAGAUGGGCACUGCCCUUAAUGAGGUAGGAGACCCCGCAGUGAGUAGCACGGGACACACUGCCAAAGAGGAGCUGGGGCAGUCUGCCCUAGUGGAAGACUGUGGAUCUGGGGGCCUGCACAGGGUGUUAGGGGCCCAGCCCCAGAGCUGAUUCUCCUUACUGACCAUUUUUUGGCUCCUGCAUGCCACCCAUCACCCCCAUCCCAACCAGGGAGGGAUUAGGAGGUAGCUCCCAGCAGCUCCCUGAUUACCAUGUAUAGCUCCACUAUGCUCCAUCCGUGAUUUCAGCCCAACCCCCAUGAGGCUUCUAUAGUCAGGUCUUUGUGUCUGCACAAUGGCUGUCUUUGUCUCUUCCAUCUCUGCGUGCCUCUCUAUCAAUCCCACAGCCUCCUCUCAGCCUCUCUGAUCUUGGAUUUCCACACUGCAUCUCUGUAUGACACUGAUAAAGUGACUUACUUCUCUGACCCAGGUUGAGUGCUUGAAAAGGAGAAUAAAAUUUAUAGGGCUGGAGAGAUGGCUCAGUGGUUAUGAAAGCUUGCUGCUUUUCCAGAAGACCUGAGUUUGGUUCCCAGGAUCUACAUCAGCUGUUUCAUAACCACCUGUAACGACAGCUCUAGGGCACCUGAUACCUUCUUCUGGCCUCUGAAGACAUUGCACUUUAGUGCAGGAAUGUGUGUGUCACACACACACACACACACACACACACACACACACACACACACACACACCUAAAACUAAAAAGAACCAAGAGGCUGAAGACCCCUAUUCAACCCUCAUGCUGGUCCUGUCUCCUCCUCUCCCUCACCUUGCCUGGCUAGAAGGCUGCCAUUAGGCCAUUUAACAGAUGAGGAAAGAAAGGCCUGAGGGCAGGAAUGACUUCCUAGGUAUAAGAGCUGUACCAUCAGUGCCUGUUUGUUUGUUUGUUUGUUUAUUUUGGUUUUUUUUUCGAGACAGGGUUUCUCUGUGUAGCUUUGCGCCUUUCCUGGAACUCACUUGGUAGCCCAGGCUGGCCUCGAACUCACAGAGAUCCGCCUGCCUCUGCCUCCCGAGUGCUGGGAUUAAAGGCGUGCAAUACCACCGCCCGGCCAUUAGUGCCUGUUUAUUUUGAAAGAGUCUCUCUAUUAUGUAGCUCUGGCUGCUCUGGAACUCACUAUGUAAACCAGGCUGGCCUCCAACUCACAGAGAUCCACCUGCCUCCACCUGCCGAUUAAAGAUAGGUGCCAUCACGUCUGGUCCAGUCCUUAAUACUUCAGUCACCAUCUUAAAAUUCUUAAUAAUUUUUUAAACACAGGAUCCACGUUUUCAUUUUGUACAGGGUCUUACAAAUUAGGUAGCUGGUCUUGCUUUAGGGGAGAUGAAAGGGGCCUUGGCCAAGGCUUCCUGCUUCUCAGGGCUGCCAACAGCCAGAGCUUCCAGGAUUCAUUUGCCUUUCAAGCCCUGGCCCUGGUCAGGGAAACUUGAGGAGCCCAGUUCCAGUUCCGAAGGAGGAGGGAGGGAGAGAAAGAAUAAGGGGUGGGAGAAAGGAUCAUUUAGGCUCUCGGGAGCCAUGGGAGCCAGGAAGACAAGCCGGAUGGAUAGCCCAGCUCUACCUAGGGGAGCUGCCAGGGUGGGCCCCAACACCAGGGCCCAGCCAUGAUCCAAGAACACUCUUCAGGUCUUCCCCCAGCACGUACAGUUCCAGGGUUAGGCCCACAACAUACUUACUGUAUGAGCCUCAGUUUCCCUAAAUAUGCCCCGGGAAUGGUAACACCACACUUACAGGGUCCUGGUGAGGAUCAAGAUACCUUAACACAGGAACCAGCACAGAGAAGAGUCCUGGAGACAGAUCAUGUGACAGGGACAUCCAGCUGUGUGUAGGAUGGACUGGGCCCCACCUACAAAUAGAUCCCCUUGGUGGGGGGCGGAGGUUAGUGACAGUGUGCUGAGAGGUUGGGCAUCUGGAGGAGGUCUUAGAAGAUCAGUGCUUGGGGGUCAAGAGGAAGGAGGCCAAACACAGAGAAACACAAGGGGCAGAGGGCGUGGCCAGCACCCCAGGAGGUGAAUGAGGGUAAGGACUUUAGACAGCAUGACUAAGAGGAGGUAAGAGGGGAGGCAGAGAGGGAAAGACCGGGAGCGGAGGCUGGGGAAAAUGGUGCCUUAAGGCAGUGGAAGCCCCCAAGAGAGUGUGAAGCAGGACAUGUCAGUGAGGGGAGGCAGAGGCACCAUUCUAGCAAAGACAGCGUUGGAGGGUUGGAGGCUAGGCCAGGCAGGGACUUCCCCUCCCCAACACCCCCUAUUGUGGAUUCUCAGAGCAGAAGGUUUUCUCAGGGGAGAGGAGAGAAGUCAGAGAGGGAAGAGGAGGAUGCCUGCCAGGAGGCAAGUGCUUGCUCAGGGCUGGAGAGACAGGAAGCCUUCUAAUGCGAGGUGGGCUAGGGGAGCCGGGCGGGGGCUUUGCCCAUCCCCUCCUGAACUGCUGCUGCUAAUGCAGUUGCCCCCGUGGCUUCAUUACACCUCAUGGGGACCAUUACAGUGCCUGAGCUUUACCAUUAGUCUGCUUUGGCUGCGAGGUUGAGGGAGACGCCCUCAAUGCCAUUCGACCCAUCAUAUGGUACUUACUGUGACUCACUGGACUUCAAUUUCCUGACUGGAUCAAUAGAGGUUCUAAAUUCUUUCCGUCGUAAAGUCUCGAGUUGUGUGUAAGUAAAAAUAUGAAAGCAAAGGCGCUCAGGAUGGAGUAAGAUGGUAAGGGGGGCAGUGCUGGGGGAUGGGAAGUCUGCUGGAUUCAGGGAUCCACACAAUCUGACUUAGGGAAGUGUCAGGGAACCUCGCCUCCCAGGCUUUUCUGAGCGGGGAUACUCCUCUGACUGGUGAAGCGCAGGAUGAUGGGCAAGACCCUAAAGAAAGACACUGAGUCCGAACAGCGAGUAAGGACUAUUUGACACGUUGUGCAGAAAAGCAGACCGAGAGCCAGGCUUGUUAGCACAUGCCUACAGUACCAGCACUCAAGAGGCUGAGACAGGAGGACUCCUGUGAGUGUGAGGCCAGCCUGGCCUACACAGGGAGAGCCUAGCUAAACAAAAACAAAACAGAACAAAACAACAAAAAAAUUAAAGAAACCACAGAGAAAGGGAGAGACUGGGGCUCAGAAGUGGUCACAGAAAAGGUGAAGGAAGACUUGAGUCUGAAUACAAGGCUGUGAGGUCCUCUGAACCUUCCACCUGUUCCUCAGGCGUUACUAGGUCACCUGACAUGAAAGCUCAGAUGUCAUGUACCUCAGGGAUGUCGUUUCUCUGGCUGUAAAAUCAGGAAUUGGGUGACAGCAAGUGCAAAGUCCAAGACUGGCCACCGACCACGCUGUGGGUCUUCCAGAGGCUGGGAUCAACCCUGGGUCCCAGGGGAAGCGGCAGGAACACCUGAAGGCCUGGCGGCUCAAAAGGGAGACCAGGAAAACAAAUCAGCUGGGGCUUCCACAACCAAAAGUACUUCCUCGGGCACUAGGAUCCUAAAGCCGCAAGUGUGGCUGUAGAGAUACCCUGCUCUCUGGGAGCUGCCUGUCCCAGCUCUCGCAGUCAGCAGAGGAGGUUAGACAAGCUGCCUUCGUGUCUCCUAAGUGAAGGCCCCAGGAAGCUGCAGAGAGGCUCAGCCACACAGCUCUGUGUGUCCACCCCGACAAGGCUGUCACUCUGGUCACUCCGGACAAGACUGCAGCCAACACCCCUUCUGGGCCCCUCCUGGGGCUGGGAGCAAGGCUCUGGUCAGCUGAUACACAGCUAGCAAGACCUACAGCCCUAGGCCGAGAGCAAGCUCCCCGGCCAUAGGAAAAACGCCUGUUCUAAACGUGGCCAGACUCCGAGGACGGACAGUGAAAGUAGGAUCAGGAGAAUUGCCGGCUCCAUUUCACAGAAAAUGAGUCCUUGAGUGGGACUGUCGGUACUAAAGCUGGCCUAGAGCUUACACUCCAGAUUCCUGGACCAGAAAUGGGAGGGUGCAGACCCUCGUGCAUCCAUCCAUUCGCAGGACGGCAGUUGAGAGAUGGCUGAUGUGGUCCUUGCCCUAUUGUGCUCACAUUAGGACUGGGGCAUAAACAGGGUUCAUGACUACAGACGGUCUUCAGGGCAGGGCAGAGCGAAGAAUUGAGGCAAUACAAGAUGAGAGACCAAACUGAACAGGAACUUCGGGGACCUGUUAGCGAGGUGAAGUGAGAGUGAAAGCAGAUGGAGGUGCUGAAAGGGGUAAAGAUCCUUCCCGGUACCGGCAGUCUGGAGCAGGUCCAUCCGGAAGUGAGAUGGGCUAGGGCGGCAGCGGAGGGAGGCUGAGGAGGGGAGGCUACGGGUUAGCAUAAAGAUCCAUCGGUGGGCCGCGACAGGAGCCACGCCAGCACCAAGCAAACCUUGUAAAACUUGGGCGUCUCUGAAAACCUCCCCUCUGAUCCGGUGAGCGAGGCAGGUGGCCUCUGCCCAGCCAGGACGGUCACCUCCCUCCCCUCCCUGCUCAACACCCGUGGCGGACACGCUGACCCUGCGGGGCGGUACAGCCAGGCCGCGUCCCCAAGCGGGUGACAGACUGGAGGCAUCUGUCCCGGACGGACGGCUCCAGCGUCUGCCCGGAGUCCGCCCCGCCCUCCUGCUUGCCGCCCUCCUGCUUGCCGCCCUGCCAUGGGGUACGGAGCCAGGCUGGGUGGGGCGGGGACCGCGGCUCUUCCAGGCACGUGGGACCCUGCGCGACUGGGCAUGGGACUCGGGGACCAGGAACCGCGGCUGUGGCUCCUGGAGGGGACCAGCGCAUCGCGGAGGUGAGGGGGGCAGCCUAGAGGGGAACGGACGCCGGGAGAGGUCGCCACCGGGUGCGGCCUGGGGACUGGCGCUCCAGUCGACUCAGGGCCGGGCAGGAGAGCCCAUUACGUGACUCUGUCCUGCCGGCCCCGGCUCCCAGCCCUAGUACUGAGCAAAACUGGACGGUGGGAGCCGGCUGCCGGUGCUGCUGAACUUUGUCUCCUCUGGAGCGUGGAUCUUGGAGCCCUCCAGGCAGCUGCUUGCCCUGAAAAAUGCUGAAGGCUGGGCGCGGCCCCAGGCCUGGGAACCUGUUCUUCCUGUUUCCUGCCUCAGUCCCAGCAGCUGGUCCAGGCCUGAGCGUUUAUGAGUGAAGAACCGGAGCAGACACUGAGCAUCCUCGCCCCACCAAGAGCAGGAGCUCAUCAGGUCCGGGUGUGUGAGGGCCAUGGCAGUAGACCCAGACCCCUGGAACAGCACCAUCAAUGGCACCUGGGAGGGAGAUGAACUGGGCUACAAGUGCCGCUUCAACGAGGACUUCAAGUAUGUGCUGCUGCCCGUGUCAUACGGCGUGGUGUGCGUGCUCGGACUGUGCCUGAACGUCGUGGCUCUCUACAUCUUCCUGUGCCGCCUCAAGACCUGGAACGCUUCCACCACGUACAUGUUUCACCUGGCCGUUUCUGACUCUCUCUAUGCAGCCUCCCUGCCGCUGCUGGUUUACUACUAUGCCCAGGGUGACCACUGGCCAUUCAGCACGAUGCUCUGCAAGCUGGUGCGUUUCCUCUUCUACACCAACCUCUACUGCAGCAUCCUCUUCCUCACCUGCAUCAGUGUGCACCGGUGCCUGGGUGUCCUGCGCCCUCUGCACUCGCUGCGCUGGGGCCGGGCCCGCUAUGCCCGCCGUGUGGCUGCGGUGGUGUGGGUUCUGGUGCUGGCCUGCCAGGCACCUGUGCUCUACUUUGUCACCACCAGUGUCCGGGGGACCCGCAUCACCUGCCACGACACCUCGGCCCGAGAGCUCUUCAGUCAUUUUGUGGCCUACAGUUCCGUCAUGCUGAGUCUGCUGUUUGCUGUGCCCUUUUCUGUCAUCCUGGUCUGUUACGUGCUCAUGGCCCAAAGGCUGCUCAAACCGGCUUAUGGGACCACAGGAGGCCUGCCUCGGGCCAAGCGCAAGUCUGUGCGCACUAUUGCCCUGGUGCUGGCCGUCUUUGCCCUCUGCUUCCUGCCUUUCCAUGUCACCCGCACCCUCUACUACUCGUUCCGGUCACUGGACCUCAGUUGCCACACCCUCAAUGCCAUCAACAUGGCGUACAAGAUCACCCGGCCAUUGGCCAGCGCCAACAGUUGCCUUGACCCUGUGCUCUACUUCCUGGCAGGGCAGAGACUUGUCCGUUUUGCCCGAGAUGCCAAACCACCCACAGAGCCCACCCCCAACCCCCAGGCUCGUCGCAGGCUGGGCCUGCACAGGUCUCACAGAACUGACACCGUGAGGAAAGAUGUGUCGAUCAGCAGUGAUGACUCAAGACGGACAGAGUCCACACCAGCUGGGAACGAGACUAAGGACAUUCGACUAUAGGUCAGAGCCCUUCAGGCCUGAACCUGUCUCUUUCUAACACUGCUCAGGCAGAGCCACAUCCCAGGCUACAGGCAGACCCUUCCUCCAGAGAAGCUGAGAGCUGUGUCGAGACCUGGAGGCACAGAUGCACAUCAUGACGUGGAGGCCUUGAAUGUUGACCUGUGGUGGGGGUUCGGGCUGUUUUCAUCAUGGACCGGAGUCCCCCUAGAUCCCCCUCACCUGCAGCUGCUCUAGAGACCAGAGAACACAGCACCUGUGUGGAUAGAGACCACACUGUCUUACCCCCAGGGGUUUUCGUUGGACCACUGCAUUCAGAUUUCAGAGGACACAGGCCUAGUUCUGUGGCAGCCACUGGUAGCAGUGUUUCCUAAGGGAACCAGGGCUAGGCCUGUGGUCCCACAUCCAGGAGCCAAUCAGACUGCCUGCCCCCUUGGGGUGGACAUCUAGCCUUGCUGCCCAGCAUCCAGGCCACUUGCCCGGCGGGUAAGAUUCCUGACCCUUCUGCCUUGUGCUAUUUUCAUCUCAAGACAGACCAAGAUUUUCCAUCAACCCCAGACCAUUGUCCAGCAAUGACGUGAGGUGACCUGCCUAUCCUUAAAAUAUCUCUUCUUACCCUCUGGGCCUUCCCUGCCCACUCCCCACCCUGAGAACAUGUCAUAGGGCUACUGGCUCCCGAAGGCCACUGUGAAAGGGCACAGGAGCCACCCAGGCACUAGACAAGAGCCCAAGAAUUGUCCAGCCCAGCUGCAGACUCAAGGCCAGAGGGGAGAGGGGCCAUGUCCAAGGUCGGUGUGGUUCCUGGGCAUCAGCCAGGGGCUUGGGUUGCUCCUGUUGCUAUACCACGGCCCUCCAGUAUAUGUCAGUGAUCUCAUGAAUGUCCUGUGCCCCCUGCACUGCCCAGCUCCUCCCCCCAGAGCUGGAGAAUUGUGACCAGGGACUUAACACAGGGGAAACAGAAGGGGGAGAGCUGGACAAAAAGGGUAAAUGCAUACUGAUCUCUAUAGCUGCUGCUCUCAGUGGAUACCACGUGACCCGGCAUGGCCCUUCAGACCCAAGAGUCUCUUCCCUGGGUAGUCCUGGAUGGAGGGGAGGAUCUCUAGAGGACACUGAUGUCCUUGUCCUCCAAGAUCAAAAGAUCCUGGACAACAUGUCCAUCAUGCCUGGUCGCUCCAGUCUGGGCACUAUGCCAGCCCUUGGCUCCAAUCAUCAUGGCAGACUUGGGCUGAUCUGUUUAGAAUGGGUCAUAGGGUCUGGAGCUCAUGUACAGGCCUAUGUCUCAGGCAUCAAACAGGACUUACACACGGCUUAUUUAUCCUUUACAACCAGUCUGUGGGAUAGAUAUUCUCAAUGAUGCUGACUAGCAGAGAAAUCAGGAGCCAGCAGGUGGAGGGGGGCUUGGUCCAGGUAAGCUUCAGGUAACAAUGCCAAGGGUGACUGAAUGAAGAAAAAGUUCAAAUCCCCAGAGGUCCCAGUGAUCCUCUAGUAUCCCACAGCCACAGGGCAGGAGGGUCUAUCAGUGCUCUUUCCCCUGAUUCAGGCCCAGACAGUGUAGUGGGAAGGGGGGCAGCAUACAGAUUUGGUUUGAAGGUCAGCUUCUACCCACCCACAGAGUAGGCUUGGCUGUAUAUCCCCCGACUGCUUCUGCCUGCCAUGGUAGUCUACGGCCACUCUCUGUUCAAUCACGUGCUCUGAGAUCUAGAGUGGAAGAACUGACCUAGAGAUGGAUCACGGAAGUCAACAAAUGGCAGCUUUUCCUUGUGACCCGAGGCUUCCCACUUGCCCUCUCUGGGCAAAUAUGGAGUGUUGCUUCUGGGUUUUGGUUCUUUUGUUAAGGUAUCGGAGCCUGGACCUUCAAGGCACAACUGCUGUUCUCUAAGGAUUGCCAAGCCCACCAAAAGGUGAAGGGACUCCACUGUGCCACACAGUGCCACACAGUGGACUGCUCUUGUGGGUGAGGAGGGCAGUUUAGCCAGGCUGACUGGGCUGCAGGCUGACCUGGGGGCAGAGGAAGGAGAUGGGAGCCUGAGGGUCUUGACUGUCUCCCUCUGCCUGUGUGGGCAGGACCUGGACGAGAUGCUUCAGCUCUGUAGGCCUCAGUUCCCCCAUACUCGACAACUGGUUUUGUCUAGCCUGUCUUUGUUCAGAAGGGGCUUUCUGGGUUUGCCCUGGUUUCUGCACCAGCUCAGUUGGGUGUCCUGUUUCAGCUCUGUCCCAGCCAGGAACAAUGAGCCAGUCACUUGUAGGACCAAACCCUGUCCCCAGGGUCUCCGCCCACUAUGUUGGACUAUUGUCAGCAAUGGAGUAUAAAAAGGACUUUCCACUCACAACACAAUGAUUCCCCCUAGACCAUUGUCCAGCAGUGACGUGGGGGAUCUGCCUGUCUCAAAAUAUCCCCAGUACCCAUCCUUGGGGCCUCCCUACCCUGCUCCUCACCUCCCCACUGACAUAAUUUCCUGGGGCUGUGGACACCUGAUGGCCACAAACAGCACAAACAACUUUCCUUGUUUGGUUGUUUCAGAGGACUGCAGGCCCAGAGAGGGCUGUGCCCUGUCCAAGCUCACACAGCAGCCAGAGCAGAGCCUGCACAUGUCCCAAGUCACACAGAAGUCAGGGUGAAGCCUAGACAUGAACCCAUAGUUCUCUGACUGUUCUUCUUCCUCGGCCACCUUCAUUAGCUCUAGCUUGCCUUCAAAGGCCUGGGGGAGGGGGACUCCUAGAA